AUGCCACCUAAAAAGGAUCACACCGCAGGCUCGUUCGUACUGUCAAUCAUCUCGUGUCUUGUAUACAGCAUUAUGUCCAAUGUGAUGGUGCUAACAAAUCGCUAUUUGUUGGGCAAGAAAUACUAUGGCUUCGAUGAAAAGUUUUUCGUCGUGGCAGUCCAAGCUGGUGUAGCAGUUCUCGUACUAGAGCUGGCUAAGAUACAAAAGCUUAUUUCGUAUGAUCCAUACGAUAGUUUAGUUGCACGAAAGUGGGCGCCUGUGACGUUUUUUUUCGUCGCCAUGCUAUACACGAGUAUGCAGGCUACAGCAGGACUUCCCAUUCACAUUGUCACGGUAUUCAAAAACGUGACAAAUAUUAUCAUCGUCUUUGGCGAGUGGCGCUUCUUUGGUGAGCGCGUGGGUUGUCUCGUACUUUUGAGUCUUGGUGUCAUGCUCAUGGGUGCUGUCAUGUCCUCCUACAGCGACGUGGGCGGCAAGGCCACACCAUCAACGAUCUCAGGAUACUUUUGGAUGUUGCUUAAUUGUGCUUCCACCGCUGCUUACGUGUUAUACAUGCGUUACGCCACAACACGCUCAUCGUUAAAGAUCUCAAAAUUUGGCAUGGCAUUUUACAACAAUCUCAUCUCAUUGCCGCUACUGACACCAGCGCUCGUCCUUAAUGGCGAAGCGUUCACAGUCUGGAGCAACCCAUUGUUACGUAACUUUAACUUUGCCACGAUGCUCUUUAUCAGCGGCAUACUCGGUGUUGGACUUAACCUCGCGUCUUUCUGGUGUGUGUCUGCCACGUCAGCGACAACGUACGCAACUGUGGGUGGAUUAAACAAAAUCCCAACGACUUUUAUCGGGGUGUUGCUUCUGGGUGAAUCUUUGAAGCCGGACACAGCCAUCUACGUCACAUUUGGAAUGGUAGGCGGUAUUCUUUACGGUUACGCUAAGUUUAAAGAAAGCGAGGCAGCCAAGAAGCACAAGGCUGCACUGGAAGCGCUCCCACAGACCACCCAUGACAGCAAGGCAUAG